UAAUUUCUGACAGUAUUUGAAUUUCAUUUUUCAAAUCAUAUGUCUAUUCGGCUUAAAAAGCCAAUUAUUUCAUAAAAUUACAAAGCACCACCAUCAUUCUUGUUCCUAUAACCUGUGAGCAACGAAUUAAACGUGGUUUGUUGUAAUAUAACGUGCAGUUUACAGCGAUAAACUUUUACUCAAUAAUGGGAAGCAGUGGUCAAUUGUAUAGCCUAUCUUGGGGAGAGUUUAGUUCAUCACUUGCUUCUGCGGUACAAUUAUUAAGAGGUCAUGGAGAUCUGGUUGAUGUUACAUUAGCCGCUGGUGGACGCAGUUUCCCUGCACAUAAAAUUGUUCUUUGUGCAGCUAGUCCUUUUUUAUUGGAUUUAUUAAAGAGUACACCAUGUCAACAUCCAGUAGUUAUGUUAGCUGGUAUAGGAGCAGAUGAUUUGGAAUCAUUGUUGGAGUUUGUGUAUCGUGGUGAAGUGAGCGUAGAACCUUCUCAAUUACCUUCACUCCUUCAAGCUGCUCAUUGUCUUUGUAUUCAUGGAUUAACACCUCCUACUAUAUUGACUGAAAAUGGGGAAGAGGUGCCUGUAUCAGCAAUACCAACAGCAAAUGAAACUUUAUCAAAAGAAAGCAUUAGUCCAUAUUUUCCAUUGAAACGAAGAAAGAAAAGAAGAAAGUCAUCUUCAUCUUCUGGAAAAUGGCCACGUAAUGCCAAUACUGCUGAUAAUGAAAAUAGGACAAUAGAUGGAAGUGAUAAUAGCCGUUCAGCUAAUUAUGAGCAUAAAGAUGAAGAUAAUACAGAACAUGGUGAUGAUACAGGAGAUGGAUUGUCCAAAGCACGAAGCAUGUCAGAUCAGCCGGCGUCGUGUCCACUUUGCGGGGCGAUUUUGCGUCAAUCACGAAAUUUAAGAAGGCAUUUAGAGCUUCUACACUUUGGAUUCGGUAGCAAUAAUAAAUCAGGUGUCCACAUGAGACACCGGAGGGCCGAUAGAAAUAGCGAUCUUGUACGAUCGACGCUUGCAUCUAUUUGUCCACCCCAUAUAACAAGAACGGAUUAUUCAAGAGUUGUAGAGAAUACCGAUUUGUCGACGUUAACGUCUUUAUCCAUUGCUUCGACAGCCAAUUCCAGCGCAUCGAAUGCCAGCCUUGCAGGAAGUUUGAUGGGAUCAGGUGUACUGGGAAGCGGUGAUCAAAGUGCUAACUCUACUCUGGUCUCGGUGUCAAGCUCAAGUACAGCUUGUAUUGCCUCUGCCAAUAAUGGAAUUUACUCAUCAGACGGUAGUGCUAGUAUGCUAAAUUGCUUAUUACCAUCGUUACCAUCUUUGCCUUCUCUAUCAUCUCCGCACGACGUGUUUCGACACGGUGAAAUGUUGCGAGUUGGUAUUGCGUAUCACGAUUCCUCGAGGCAACAUCCGAAGCAAUCACAGCGCACUGAUGUCACUUAACUUUCUUCAACGUACAGUGUUCUUUCGCCUUAAAUAUCAAUUCGAAUUAGAAGUUAUAUUAUUAUCGCAAAGCUGACUAUGUAAAAUCUUGUCGCCUCUCAGUAAUGAAGGAUAUAUUAAAAAUUGUACAAGUAUUUAAUGUGAGAAACGUAAAGAACGAAGGAAAACUUGGAAACUCCGUGCUUUGCUGUUAUACAUUUUUUGCUAUUGCUUUAGAAUUUUGUAAAUUAUUAUAUUUUACAGCGAUACACGGAAGAUUAAAAUUGUACGACACGCGAAUUAGUGUUACUUCGAUUGGGUUUAAUUCUUGUAAAUAUAAACAUGACACAAUGUAAGUAUGCAUAAUAGAAGUAUAAUGAUACAUUAAAAAUACAGGAUUUCUGGAUAAAUAAAUUAUUAAGUUUAAGGUAUUAAAAAGUGAAUUUAUUUUGCUUUCCUCGGUUAACAGUCUAACGUUAAUUACAUAUUUAUAAAUGUUUGGCUAUAGAUAGAAAAGUUUGUAAAAUGCAAGAGAAAGAUAAAGUGAGAUGCCAUAUUAAUUGUAACUAAUGUUAGAGCAACGAUACAUGUACCAAAUCCUGAAACUUAGAAUCCAUACAAUGUCUGUUCUAACUAUUAAUUUUGAGUAAACACCUGCCUGCGGUAUAUCGUGUGAUUAAAUACUAAUACUAAUACUGGCAACAGUUCAAUAGCAACAAAUAUGAGGAUUUUGAACAAGUUAUUAAAUCACGAAAUUAUAAAAGAAAAGAGAAUUAUCGAUUGUAUACAUAUAAAAAUACAUUGUACAUUUUCUAUAUAAAUAAAUUUUUCAGAAGGGAAAAAAAUCUAUCUAAGUAAUAUACGAGUAUUAUUCAUAUGCCUAUUCCAGAGAAUAGAAGUAGAAUUUGUUGAAAUUCUAUUCUCUAAUUUCUAUUUGCGCACGCGAUUCAAAUAUCAUGCACUCGUAUUACGAUCAUUUUAUUUCGAUGACAAUGUUAUAGGAUAAUUUCUCUUUUAGACGGACAAUCGAUUAUAUUAAGAUGUAAAAUUUACGUUUACUACGUUUGGUUCUACGAGAGAGAGAGAGAGAGAGAGAGAGA